AUGGGAUUUCAUAACGUUGAAAAUAUAUCAGAUAUUAAGAAAUUAAAGACAUUAAAAAACGAUCAACAAAAUGUAAAUAAUUUCUCACGAAUAUGCAAUGAUAAUAUAACAUUGUGUGUAAGUAAUUCAAAUCAACUUUAUUUAUAUAAUAAGUCCAUUGAUAUUUGUGAUAAUAAAAAAAAAAAAAAAAAAAAAAAAAAAAAAAAAUUUAUAUCACAUAAUUAUAAAAAUGAAAUAGUAAAUUUAAUAAACCAUGAUAACAAUAAUAUUUAUCAAGAUCAAUCACAUAAAUGUAUACUCCAUAUGAAUAGUGACGACUUAUAUGUAUCUCCUAAUAAUAAUGAGCAAAAAAAAUUAUAUCAAGAGGAUAUUCAUAUAAUAAAUGAAAAAUCACUAUUACAAACACAAGAAAUAAUAGAAAAAAAUGGUAGACAAGAUAUUAUAAAUACAAAUAAUCAAAAUGUAAUGCUAGAAAUACAAGAUGAUGAAGAAACUAAUUUAAUACGAAAUAUCGAAAAGGAUAUCGAACCAACUAUCUUUUCAGGCUUAUCAACAUCCUGUGCGUUAGAUAAAGAGAAAUAUUUAUAUCAUUCAAAUGAUAUAAGUGAUGUUAAUUAUGUCUGCCAAGAUGAAAUACAUAGUUUAAUUUCUCCUGACGAAGAAAAAAAAAAUACUCUCCAGAGUUUAUCAAACCAAAAUUUGGAAAUGGAAUAUCAAUUAAAUUCAAAUGAUGAAGAUGGAUAUAUAAUAGACAAUGAUGAGGACGACCAUAAUAAGGAAAAUGUCAAAGAAAAUAAAAAAAAAAAUAAUAAGGAAAAUAACAAAGAAAAUAAAAAAAAAAAUAAUAAGGAAAAUAAUAGUGAUAAUAAUAGUUAUAAUAAUAGUUAUAAUAAUAGUUAUAAUAAUAGUUAUAAUAAUAGUUAUAAUAAUAGUUAUAAUAAUAGUUAUAAUAAUAGUCAUAUUAAUAGUCAUAUUAAUAGUCAUAAUAAUAGUCAUAAUAAUAGUCAUAACAAUAGUGAUAACAAUAGUGAUAACAAUAGUGAUGAUGAUAAAGAAAUUAAGAAUAUAUUAAAUGUAUUAAAUAAUUUAAGAAAUUAUAAAUUUCAUGAUACAGAUAAUUUAGACAAUGAUGAGAAUUAUGAAUCCUUUGAUAAUCAUCCUGAUGUUUAUAAAAUAUCAAAUAAUAAUAUGGAUGAAGACGAUAAAGAUAAUACAAACGAUAUGAAUAAUAUUUAUCAUGAUCAAAAUAUACCUUUUCUAAAAAAUGAAUAUACAUAUGAUAAUGUUCUCUCUAAGGAAGAUAAAGAAAAUAUCGAUUUACAAAAAAUAAAAGAUAAAUAUGAAAAGUUUGCCCUCAAUCUUAAUCACGAAAUGGAUGAUAAUAAUAAUAAUAAUAAUAUGUUAAGUCAACCAAAUUAUAAUACAGACAAUAAUAAAAAUGAUGUAUGUCAACAGAAAGAAAAAAAUCAACUUCAUUAUGAAACAUCACAAGAAGAAAAAAAAAUUAUUUUUAAUGAAAUAGUAAAUUCAAAUAAAUGCACAUAUCAACAAGUAGACAACAAAAAAAAUGAUACUAUAAAUACACAUAUAUAUUCUUCAACAAAUGGUAAUAAUCAUAAAUAUAAUUCUGAUCAAGAUUUAAUAAAUUAUAAAAAUAAUAUAAAUUGUGUAAAAAAUAAGGAAGUAAAUAUAAUCAAUGAUAAAAUAAAAUAUAAUAUAAAUGAUAAUACAAAUGAUAAUAUAAAUGAUUAUAUUAACAUUUAUAAACAAACACAAAAUACUUAUCAUGAUAUUAAUCAAGAACAUAUCAAACAAUCCAAUAUUUAUAAUGAAGAACAAAAUAAAGAAUUAGAUCAUUUUAGUAAAAUAAAAGAGGAACUAGCCAUAUGUUCCAAUAAUUCGUCUAAAAAUUCUGAACAAGUCAGGAAAAAAAAAUUAUUAAAAGAAAAUAUGAACAAUUUGAAUAAUGUUAAUAAAAAUGAUGAGACAAAUAUGAUAUAUGAUAAUAAAGAAAUUGUAUUGGAAAAAGAAAAUGGAUAUAUUAAUACAUAUAAUAAUAAUAAUAUAUAUAGUAAUAAUAAUAAUAAUAUAUAUAGUAAUAACAAUAUAUAUAAUAAUUGUAAUAAUUAUGAUGUGUGUGCAAAAUCAAAUAUCAUGAAUGUCAAUUUAGAGAACUAUAAUAUAAUUGACACCACUAAAUAUAUUUUUCAGGAGAAUAAUAAAGACAUAUCUAAUGAUAUAAAGAAUGACAUUAAAAAUAUAAAUUUACAGAAAGAAGACGACUUUGAAUUUGAUUCGUAUCUAAAUAAAUUAAAUAAUUUGAAAAGUAUGCUUCAUGAAAAUGAGAGCGAUAGCGACAAUUAUGAUGAUGAAAAUGAAGAUACAAAUUUAGAAGAAAGCAAUGAUAUUACAGAUGAAGAAGGAAAGAUAAAUGAUGUAGAUUAUGAUAAAGAAUUAAGUAUUGAUAUGGAUGCGGACGUAGAUAUUGAUGUAAAUGUAGAUGUGGAUGAUCAAAGUAGUAAUAAAAAUAUGUACAAUGAAAAAAAGAAGAAAGAAAAAAGGGAUGACAUAAAAAUGAAACAAAAUGAAAGGAAAGAAAGCAAAGAAAGAAAAAAUAAAAAUAACAAUAAUAAAAAUAAUAAUAAUAAUAAUAAUAAUAAUAAUAAUAAUAAUAAUAAAAAUGACGAUGAUUAUAUUGAUAAUAAUAAUAACAAUAUGAUCGUUGAAUAUAUCAACAGUGAUGAUAAUACAUACAACCAAGCAGACAUUCAAUAUUCAAAUUAUACACCUAACAAUUAUAAUGUAUUAGAUAAAUUUACAAGUGAUAAACAGCCAAAUAAUAAUAAAAAAAAAAAUAAUUAUUAUUAUUAUAAGCCUGAACAUAUUUUAUUGCUAGAAAAAAAAAAUAAAGGUCUAAAUAAACAAGUGAAAUAUUUAGAAAAACAAAUAUUGAUACAGAAGAAAAAAGAAAUGAUCUUUUUUAAAAAUAAAGAGAAAUACAAAAAGAAAAAGAUAUCUCUAAUUAAUGAAUAUGAAAAAAAACUUGACAACAUAAUUAUAGAUUUCAACAAGCUUAAAGAAAACUGUAUAAAUAAAGAAAAGAAGCUAGCCAAAAUGGAAGAUAUAACAAAAUAUAUAAAUGAACAAUUCUCAAUAAGCAAAAUACAAUUUGAAAAUAAAAUGAAUGAAUAUGUAAUAUUUUUAAAAAAAAAAGAUUCAGAAAUAUAUAUGUUAAAAGAAUUAAUAAAAGAAAAGGAAAAAACGAUAUUAUAUAAUGACAAUAUAUUAAAACAAUAUAAAAAAGAUGUAGAUGAUAUAUUAAAAGACAAUAUAGACAAAAUUGAUGAUAUAAAAAAAAAACUGAAAACACAAGAAGAUAUAAUAUCUCAAAAAGAUAGACAAAUACUAAUGUUAGAAAAUAAUUUAAAAAUAGGAACAGACAAAAUUAAUAAAUUUGAUAACGAAAUACAAAAAUUACAAUAUAAAAUAAAUAUACAUAUAGAAAAAGAAACAGAACUAAAAAAAACAAAUGAUAUAGAAAAAGAAAAAAAUAGUAAACUAUCAAAUCAGUUAGAUAUUUUAAAUAAAGAAAAUAAUAAUUUACACAACAAAAUUGAAGUGUUAUUAAAAAAUGAAAAAGAAAUUAGUACAGAGAAUAUUAAAUUAAUUGAAACAAAUAAAACUUUAUUCAUUGAAAAUGAAAAAUUAUCAAACGAUAUAAAAAAUAUAUUAAAUGAAAAAGAAAAAAUAGAAGAUAAUUAUAAUAAAAUUAAUAAUGAAAAUAUUAAAAUAGUAGAAGAACUUCAAUCAUAUAAAGAAAUAAAAGAAAAACAAAUAAACGAAAUAACACAAAUCAAAGAACAAAUACAUAACCUAGAUAAACAUAUUUCUCAAUUACAAAUAGAAAAAAAUAAUUUGGAAGAAUCCUAUAUAAAAGAAAAAAAUGAAAAUGAAAAAAUAUCAAAUAUAUUAGAAGAAAAAUCGAAACAAUUAUCUACUUAUGAAAUUAAUAAAAAUAUAAAUGAACUAAAAAUUGAAGAACUAGAAAAAGAUAAAGAAAAUAUACUCCUAACAACAAAAAAUGAAAUUAAUAAUAUAAAACAAGAAUAUAAAACUCUACAACAACAUUUAGAAGAAACAAAUGUAUUAUAUGAAAAAGAAAAGCUAGCUAUAGAUACGAUUACUAAAGAAAAAAAUAAUAUUAUUAAUGAAUCUGAUAAAAUAAAAAAUAAAAAUAAAAAACUUAAUAACAAAUUAAAAGAAAAUCAAAUCAAUUAUGAAAACACAUUAAAUAAUAUAAAAAAAGAAAAUCAACAAAUUAUAGAAACAGAAAAAAAAAAUUUUACACAAAAAGUUCAAUCAUUAGAACAUGCAUUCAAACAAUCUUAUAAUCAGUUAAAAGAUCAAAAUGAAGACUUACAAAAACAAAUAAAACAAUUAAAAAAUGUAAAUGAAGAUAUUAAAACAAAUUCUAAAAAUCUUAAAAAUGUAAAUGACCUCUUAAUUAAAGAAACCAAAAAUUAUUCAGAAGAAAAAGAAAAAUUUAUUAAAGGAUUAAAAAAUAUUAAACAAGCAUAUAUCAAAUUAAAAAAUGAAAAUCAACAAUUAAAAACAAAUGCUUUUGAAUAUAUCAAAAAAGAAGUACAAGAAAAUUAUGUUACUCUCACUGUUCAUAAUAAUCUAUUAAAUGAACAAAAAAAAUUACAAGUAGAAAUUGAUAUACUCAAAUCUCAAAUAGACCAAAAACAAAAUAUUAUAAAUAAUAUGAAUGAACAAAUUUCAGAUGCUAAUCAUAAAAUUUCAUCUAUAAAUAAAGAAAACGAGGAACUAAACACAACCAUAAAAAUCAAAAAUAAAAUAACUGAAGAUGUAAAUUUAAGUGUCGAGAAAUUGAAGACUGAACUGAACUCUAAAGAUGACGAAGUAAAAAAAAAGACAAUCGAAAUUAAACAAAAAGAAAGAGAAUAUAAAAAAUUAUUAGAAGAUUAUAAAACAGAAAAAAAAAAUCUAGUAACAAAAUAUGAAAAGGAAUUGGAUUCUUAUAUGACUAAAUAUGAAUUUG